CUAGCGGAAAAAUUUGCAAAACGAAAGACGUAGAGUGCGCCGCUAACCUCAAAAAAUUGUCUUGUGAAAAAUUGCGAAACUCGGAAAAUAGUGGAAAAUCCCCACGAAUAACAUCAUGGAUUUCCUCGAGAUGAAUGAUAUCCACGCGGAAAUAAAGGGAUGCAUGACUCCGGGCCGCCUCAAGAUGACCGAUCAGAGCAUUAUCUUCAAGAAUAGCAAAACAGGGAAAAUUGAGCAAGUGAAUGCCGCCGAUAUGGACUUUGUUAAUUUUCAGAGAUUUGUCGGAACAUACGGGAUAAGGAUAUUUAUGAAGAAUGGCACGCUGCAUCGCUACAGCGGCUUCAAGGAGGGCGAUCAGGAGAAAAUUGCCAAUUUUUUCAAAACCAAUUACAAUAAGGAGAUGCUAGAGAAGGAAUUAUCUGUUAGAGGAUGGAAUUGGGGUACUGUUCACUUCACAGGUUCUGUCCUGAGUUUCGAUGUGGAGAACAAGACCAGCUUCGAAAUCCCGUUGAAUCAUGUUUCUCAAUGCAAUACGGGCAAGAAUGAGGUCACAUUGGAAUUUCACCAGAAUGAUGAUGCCCCAGUGAGUCUUAUGGAGAUGAGAUAUCACAUUCCAACCACAGAGUCCAGUGACAUUGAUCCUGUGGACAGCUUCUAUCAGAAUGUCAUCAACAAGGCCUCAGUUAUUUCCGUGUCCGGAGAUGCAAUUGCCAUCUUCCGGGAGAUUCACUGUCUCACCCCUCGUGGUCGAUAUGACAUCAAGAUUUUCCAGACAUUCUUCCAACUCCACGGAAAGACCUUUGAUUACAAGAUUCCCAUGUCCACAGUGCUCAGGCUCUUCCUCCUGCCACACAAGGAUAACAGACAAAUGUUCUUCGUUCUCUCUCUGGAUCCUCCAAUCAAACAGGGUCAGACUCGAUAUCACUACCUUGUUCUACUAUUUCAAAUGGAAGAAGAGACCAGUAUUGAACUUCCAUUCUCGGAGGAGGAUCUCAAAAAUAAAUAUGAGGAUAAACUGACAAAGGAUCUCUCGGGCCCAGUUUACGAAGUGAUGGGAAAGAUUAUGAAGGUGUUGAUCAAUCGUAAACUCACUGGUCCUGGAUCAUUUGUUGGGCACUCUGGAACUCCAGCCAUCAGUUGUUCCUUCAAGGCAGCUGCAGGAUAUCUCUAUCCUCUGGAACGUGGAUUUAUCUAUGUUCACAAACCUCCUAUUCAUAUCCGUUUUGAGGAGAUUUCUUCAGUGAAUUUUGCCCGAAGUGGAGGCUCCACUAGGAGUUUUGACUUUGAGAUUGAAUUGAAGUCAGGGACUCAGCAUACAUUUAGCAGUAUUGAAAAGGAGGAAUAUAACAAAUUGUUUGAAUUUAUUGUGUCCAAGAAGAUUCAUGUAAAGAACACUGGGAAGAAUGAUAAGAAUACUUACAAGGAUGACUUCAGUGAUUCAGACAAUGAGAAUGAGCCAGAUGCAUACUUGGCUAGGGUUAAGGCUGAAGCCAAGGAGCGCGAUGAGGAGGAUGAUGAGGGUAUGUCUGAGGAAGAAUCAACAGAUGAGGACUUCAAUCCAGUGGAACCAGAAUCGGAUGUGGCUGAGGAAUAUGACAGCAAUGCAGCAUCUGAUUCAACAGAUUCGGAAGCAGGAUCUGAUGCUAGUGGAGAUAAGAAGAAGAAGAAAAAGAAGAAGGAGAAGGAGAAGAAGCGUGAGAAAAAAUCCAGUUCAUCUUCGAAGCCCAGGAAGAAGAAGGAAAGAGACGAUGGAAAGCCCAAGAGAGCAGCUACAGCUUUCAUGUUGUGGCUCAAUGAUCAUCGUGAGGAGAUCAAGAAGGACAAUCCGGGGAUCAAGGUGACGGAAAUUGCCAAGAAGGGAGGAGAAAUGUGGAAUGCUCUUAAGGAUAAAUCGGUUUGGGAAGAGAAGGCUAACAAGGAGAAGGAGAAGUACAAUGAAGCUAUGAAGAAUUACAAGGCCGAAGGAGGAUCCAAGAAGAAGGACAGUGAUGAUAAGGGGACAAAACGCAAGAAGGAUUCAUCUCCUAAAAAGAGUACUAGCAUGUCAGGCAGUGGCUUUAAGAGCAAGGAAUACAUUUCCGAUGAGGAUUCCUCGAGUGAAUCAGAGGAAGACAAGAAGAAGAAAACCAAGAAGGAUAAAAAGACGGAGGAUAAGGAUGAAAAAGAAUCGUCAGAGAAUGAGAGUUCAGCUGCUGAGGACAGUGAUUAGAGGAACAUUUCAAUUUAUAAUUUUUUCUACCAUUUUCUGUAUGAAUAAUAAUCUCAAUAAAAAGCUGUAAUUCUUUGUCACGUGAAA